AUGUCUCCUCGCCGCUGCAAGUCCGGUCUUGUCACAGCGCCUCUCCGUUCAACUCUAAUGCAAAAGGCUGUCGCUGGAAGCUGCGAUCGCAACAGCCCCUCCUCCCUCUUUCUUCGAUCGCGACAGCAGCGCCAUAACUCAAUGCCAUCGAGUCCGCCACAGACCACGCUUGAUCUCACUGUCUCCGUCCCCGGCUUGCGAUUCAGGCGAGUGCGACUCUCUUCCAUGGAUUGGCAGCAACACGAGUCUAAUGGUGUAAAGAGUGCUCAGUUUCGGGCAAGUUCGAUUUUCCGACCACCGUGUACGGCAGCUGGCGGUAGCGGUCCGGCAACACUCCGGCGAGGCCCUGAGGGACAAAAUAUUCCUCUCUUCAAGCUGAUCACGGAAUCGUCGCUCGAUUCUCAAUUGAAAAUUCUUGAGCGGCAUCUGGACCCAAAUAGACCUAAGCCUGAACAUGAAGAUAUUGUUGAUGUCUUGGUUGGGCUGAUGAGAGACCAAGGUGCUUCUUUCCAACUUACUAAAGACCAUCUCAAGUCUAUUCUCAUGGAUAUCUUUGUGGGUGGCAUUGAUACAAGUUCUGUGACAACCGCAUGGGCAUUCACAGAGAUACUAAAGAAUCCAAGAAUAAUAAAAAAAGUACAAGAAGAGAUAAGAGGAAUUGUUGGACCAAAUAAAAACAGAGUAGAAGGAAGAGAUCUUGAUAAAUUCAAAUACUUGGAAUUAAUAGUAAGAGAAACCUUCAGAAUACACCCACCAGUCCCACUUCUGAUCCCUCAUUUUUGCACCAAAGAAUGCAAAAUUGGUGGGUAUGACAUUUUACCAGGCACAACAGUAUUCAUCAACACUUAUGCACUUGGAAGAGAACCAUCUAAGUGGGAGAACCCUGAAGAAUUUUACCCAGAAAGAUUUGAGAACAGUGAUGUUGAUUACAGAGGGUCCUACUUUGAGUUGGUCCCAUUCGGAGCUGGAAGAAGAAUUUGUCCUGGUCUGGCAAUGGGUACUACAGCAGUUAAAUACACAUUGGCUAAUCUUUUAUAUGGGUUUGAUUUUGAGCUCCCUAAUGGAAAGAAAUUUGAGGCGGGAGCUGGGAAGAAGAAUUUGUCCCUGGUCUGGCAAAUGGGUAACUCACAGGCAGGUUAA